AUGGUGUGUGGUGUCACUAGCACGGAAAACUUUGUGCCCUCGAUGUCACGUGUGUAUUUAGGGCAAUCGCUUGUUGGCUGGGGGUCGCGGCUGGGCUUGUGCGUGGCUGGUGCGACCUGUCUGUGCACAGCCAUAUGUGGCUGGUGCAUGGCCCCGCCGUGCCGAUGCGGCCGGGUCGAGGCAGAGGCAGACGAGAGAGGUCCAAUCCCCACUUUGAUUGAAGAGGAAAGACGCGGCGGCAACCCAAUCCUUCCAGAACACGCCUGCAUUCAGCAAUUCUUACACGCAGCUUCGUCGAUCGCUCGCAGCGAGUGCACAGAGUGCCGGGACGACAUUUUUGCAAGCGCCCGAGUCGUUGUCAUUGGCGGGAAGAAUCGCAGAAGAGAAAUGAAUGCGCACUGCCAGGAGGCCCGGCGAUGUCGGAGCGCCGAAACAUUGUCCGGGCGGAAGGCGGGCGUCGGUCUUGAUAAGGGCGCCUGGGAUCGCAGCACCAGCGUACGAAUUACACGCUCGAUUUCCAAUACACCACCAGGGCGGACCACCAAGGCGGGCCCUGCUAAGCGUGCAACGGCCCGUCGCCCUGAUGAUAGGUGCGAGCUGUUUAUCCGCAACGGUGUGACGGCCGUCAAGUCAACCGUGUAA